GCAGGAGCGGCGGCAGCGGCGAGUACCCUGUGCCCCGCGUCCCCGAGGCGACCGACGGCGCCACCCCCGCCCGCUCGCGGCCGGGCGGGACCCGCGCCGCCGGCCCGCGGCGACCAAACCCCCCGCCGCGACUCCUCGGGACCCGCCCGCGGAGUUUGCCCGCCGGGGAGGGAGGCCGGGCGCGGAACGCACUCCCGCUCUCUUCUCCGGCGUCUCGUGGAUGUCGCCCCCCGGGUCGUGAGAGAACUUUGCGGCGGGCUGGAGCGCCCUUUGCGAAGCGGCAGACGAAGAAGGGAAGGAAAGAAAGAGGGCCCAGGCCGGGGCUUGGAGCAAGAGUCCGGAGCGCCCGGGCCGGCCGUGGGGGCGAGCGCGCGCGGGGCGCGGCGCCCGGAUGCGCCCCGGGCUCGAGGAGCAGCGGGCGGCUGCCGCACUGCCCCCCGCGGAGUAGCCCCGCCGGGCCGGGAGGGUUCGUGCGGCCGCCGAGACCGCCGAGUGGCGGAGGCACGGGGCGUGCCGAGCCGCCUCCCGGCGCGCCCUCCGCGCUUCCCCGCCUCGGCGUCAUCCCGCGCUCCUCCGCCGGGGCUGAGGCUGCGGGGCGCCAGGCGCGGAACCUCCGCCGCGGCCCGGGCCGUGCGCCUCGCCGCCUCGCCGCCUCGCCGCCUCCCCGCCUCCCGCGGCCCACGAGCGCCCGGUGACGGCGCUGCCCUGACCCGCCGCGGCCGGCCCCGAACGUCGCCGGGUUUGUCCGCGUGGGGUUAGCCGGGGGCGCCGGGCCACCUGCGCCUCGCCCGCGGCCGUGGCCGCGGGGAAAACCCGGAGAGGAGGCGGACCGGGAGAAGAGCGCAGGGAAGCGGCCCGCCUGGAUUUGUUUGCCCGGGACGGGUGCCGCGCGCCGGGAUCGCCGAGGGGAGCGCGGCCGGAGUCCCCGCGCCCCCGCGCCCCCGCGCCCCCGCGCCCCCGCCGAGGCAGCGGAGGCCCGCGGGGUGGAUCGCAGCCCCCGCGCCCUCUUCUCGGGCGCCGGCGUCGCCGCGCAGGUUCUUGGCGCAGCCCGGCCCCGGGUGCCCCGCGAUGUGGCCCUGAGCGAGGAGGGAACCCGCACCGGCGGGAGCAGGAGUGGCCGGGGCGCCCCGCCGAGCGCGCUCCCGGGUUUUGCCUGGCUUCUCGGCUUAAUUUUCCUCGGCGGGAUCAAAGUUGGAAAUUGAGCGGAGAAUUGAGUUGCCCGGAAACAGAGCCGCGGCCGCCGCCAGAGCGAUGUUCCCGCAGAGCCGGCACCCGACGCCGCACCAGGCUGCAGGCCAGCCCUUCAAGUUCACUAUCCCGGAGUCCCUGGACCGCAUUAAAGAGGAAUUCCAGUUCCUGCAGGCGCAGUACCACAGCCUUAAAUUGGAAUGUGAGAAACUGGCAAGUGAAAAGACAGAAAUGCAGAGGCACUAUGUGAUGUAUUAUGAAAUGUCCUAUGGAUUAAACAUAGAAAUGCAUAAACAGACUGAAAUCGCCAAGAGAUUGAAUACAAUUUGUGCACAAGUCAUCCCAUUUCUGUCUCAGGAACAUCAGCAACAGGUGGCCCAGGCUGUCGAGCGUGCCAAACAGGUGACCAUGGCAGAGUUGAAUGCCAUCAUCGGGGUACGUGGCCUACCAGGUCUACCUCCUACACAGCAGCAGUUGCAAGCUCAGCAUCUUUCUCAUGGCCAUGGCCCCCCAGUGCCCCUAACACCUCACCCUUCGGGACUUCAGCCUCCUGGAAUCCCACCCCUUGGGGGCAGCGCUGGCCUCCUGGCGCUGUCCAGUGCUCUGAGUGGGCAGUCUCACUUGGCAAUAAAAGAUGACAAGAAGCACCACGAUGCAGAGCACCACAGAGACAGAGAACCGGGCACAAGUAAUUCUCUCUUGGUCCCAGACAGUCUAAGGGGCACAGAUAAACGCAGAAAUGGGCCUGAAUUUCCCAAUGACAUCAAAAAAAGAAAGGUGGAUGAUAAGGACUCCAGCCACUAUGACAGCGAUGGUGACAAAAGCGAUGACAACUUAGUUGUGGAUGUGUCUAAUGAGGACCCUUCUUCUCCACGAGCAAGCCCUGCCCAUUCACCCAGGGAAAACGGGAUCGACAAAAACCGCCUGCUGAAGAAAGAUGCUUCCAGCAGCCCAGCGUCCACAGCCUCUUCAGGAAGCUCCACUUCUUUGAAAUCCAAAGAAAUGAGCUUGCAUGAAAAAGCCAGCACGCCUGUUCUGAAAUCCAGCACACCGACGCCUCGGAGCGAUAUGCCAACGCCGGGCACCAGUGCCACUCCAGGACUCCGUCCAGGCCUCGGCAAGCCUCCAGCCAUGGACCCCCUCGUUAACCAAGCGGCGGCCGGCCUGAGGACGCCACUGGCGGUGCCUGGCCCAUACCCCGCCCCGUUCGGGAUGGUACCCCACGCCGGCAUGAACGGCGAGCUGACCAGCCCCGGCGCCGCCUACGCCAGCCUGCAUAACAUGUCCCCGCAGAUGAGCGCUGCCGCUGCUGCCGCUGCUGUGGUAGCCUACGGGCGCUCACCAAUGGUUGGGUUUGAUCCUCCCCCUCACAUGCGAGUACCUACAAUCCCUCCCAACCUGGCAGGAAUCCCUGGGGGGAAACCCGCGUACUCCUUCCACGUGACCGCAGACGGUCAGAUGCAGCCUGUCCCCUUCCCCCCCGACGCCCUCAUCGGACCCGGCAUCCCCCGCCACGCGCGCCAGAUCAACACCCUGAACCACGGGGAGGUGGUGUGCGCCGUGACCAUCAGCAACCCCACGAGGCACGUGUACACGGGCGGGAAGGGCUGCGUCAAGGUCUGGGACAUCAGCCACCCCGGCAACAAGAGCCCCGUCUCUCAGCUCGACUGUCUGAACAGGGAUAACUACAUCCGUUCCUGCAAAUUGCUCCCUGAUGGUUGUACCCUCAUAGUGGGAGGGGAAGCCAGUACUCUGUCCAUCUGGGACCUGGCAGCUCCCACCCCACGCAUCAAGGCAGAGCUGACAUCUUCAGCCCCUGCCUGCUACGCCCUGGCCAUCAGCCCCGACUCCAAGGUCUGCUUCUCAUGCUGCAGUGACGGUAACAUCGCGGUCUGGGACCUGCACAACCAGACACUGGUGAGGCAAUUCCAGGGCCACACAGAUGGGGCCAGCUGUAUUGACAUUUCUAACGAUGGCACCAAGCUCUGGACGGGUGGCCUGGACAACACGGUCAGGUCCUGGGACCUACGCGAGGGGCGCCAGCUGCAGCAGCAUGACUUCACCUCACAGAUCUUCUCCCUUGGAUACUGCCCAACUGGGGAGUGGCUGGCCGUGGGCAUGGAGAGUAGCAAUGUGGAAGUUCUUCAUGUAAAUAAGCCUGACAAGUACCAGCUGCAUCUCCAUGAGAGCUGCGUGCUGUCCCUAAAAUUUGCUUAUUGUGGUAAAUGGUUUGUGAGUACUGGCAAGGACAACCUCCUCAAUGCUUGGCGGACCCCCUACGGAGCUAGUAUAUUCCAGUCCAAAGAGUCCUCAUCUGUGCUUAGCUGUGACAUCUCAGUGGAUGAUAAGUACAUAGUCACUGGCUCAGGAGACAAGAAGGCUACAGUCUACGAAGUCAUCUACUGAAAACAUGGGUUUAACAUUUAUAGUUGAAUCGGGCCAAAAUGUUUUGAAUUUGUAGAAAUAGAAAAGUUGUAACUUUAAAAGGAAAAAAAAGAAAACCUGUUUCCAAACCUUGACACAAAACUAUUUUGAGUCUACAAAGAGGAGGCAACGAGUCCCAUCAACUGAAGGUCACCGAUCUACCUAGACCAAACGGACACCGAGGCAGAGUGGACAGAGGGGCCAAGGGCUGUAGGCAGAGCCUGUUCUUUCCUUUCUGUGUGAUCUGCCUAGAUUACCUUUCUGUUCCUUGCAGUUCCCCUCACGUUCUGUGCUUGGUAGAGCAGUGGUGUCUCCAAUGAACUUGUUUCCUGGUUUUGCAUCUUGUGAAAUGUUUUUUUGUAUUUUUGUUGAAGGUUAAACAUUUGUAUAAAUUGUAAAUAUAUUUGGUUUAUUACAGUAAAGGCUUUAGUACCAAUAAGUGGUUUUCCCUUUCCUUCUUUUCUGUUUCUAUCAAAGCUUUGGGAUCAUUAAUGUAGAUUUUAUCAGCAAAGUCCACACAUUUGCAGAGGAUGUUUAAAAAUGCACUUUUGAAUUUGCCAAUAUAUUUCGCCAUGGGCUCGCACUGCCCUGGCACCUGAUCAACACUUCUGAGUUCCUGGGAACUCAAGACUAAGAAUAGUCAGUCCUUGAAGGUUUGCUAGUGACACUUUUAUUUGGGAAGCUAAAAUAACUUCAUCAGGAUUCAUGUUUCCUUUUUUAAGAUACACUUGUGAUUGGAGGUCACAAAUUAAAAUCUGCUUUUUCCUGGUGAUUCAUAGGGAGACAGAAUAUUCUUUAGGAAAGGCCAUCUUCAAAUCUUUCUUGGCACAUCUCGAGGCAUGUGGGGUGACUUGUGUCUAGUGUUAUGAUCAAUGAUGUUCACAAAGCUGUGGAAUUCAUUAACCUGUAAAAGAAAGAUGGGAUCCCAACUGGUUUUGUCUCGUUAAUAUUUAUUUAAUCUAUUAUAUGGAUUGAUUUAAGCCAGUCACACCCAGCACUCAGCCCCAUUCUUCUCAUUAAGGCUUUCCCCUCAGCUUCUUCUAGCCAUUGUGAUCUCUCAUUAGUCUGGUCUUGCUCUUGGUGGACAAGCUUUUAUUAAUUUGAUUAGAUGAAACCUUAACGUUGGCCAUUCAUGUUUCCUCCUGAAAAGGCUACGUGGCUCACUUCUUCGUAUACCUAUUAUUUGCUGUUAUAUUUUAGAAAAGAACGGUUAAUAUUUUUAAGCCAAGUUUCCUGGCUAUUUAAAAAUAGCACCUAAGGAAUUUUUAAUGUUCUUGUUUUCUUAGGAUCCAGCAAGUUGUUGGCAGUUUGUCUUAAUAUUUUUCAUUUGUUAUCCAGACCUUCUUGUUUUUAUACAUUUAACAACGUUAUUUUGUUUGCCUUUUGCCAAAAUAAUAUUUGUGUAUGCUGAGAGUUUGUUAAAUAUUUUCUCUUCUCAUUAAGAGAAUGGCAAAGCCCUAAUUACGGAAGCUGAUUUCUCUCAUCCCUCCCCUGUAUAAUGAAGCAUGUUUCUGUACUACAUAUGCUGAUGGCUUAUUAAUGUAGUAUUUAUCUUUUCUGUUGUCUCUUACCUGACUUCCCUAUUUUCUAUAAUAGGAGGGAAGCACUUAAGUUGCUAGAACAGAGACCUCCAAUGCAGUGGCUUAGAGACCACGGGAGUUUGUGCCUUCCCCUAGAGACCUGAGCCAGUGGUGCCGCGCUGUGCUUUCAUGCGGGCUUCUGUUGCCCCCACUCCCAGCCAGCAGUGGGGAAAGUUAAAGUCCAGGGGACAGAUAACCUUUCAAGCAGAUGACUUAAGAGUCUGUUCAUUAUUCCUAAUUGGCUAGAACUCAGUCACGUGGGAGACUGGGAAAAGGGAUGUCUUGCUUGCUGUGCAGCUAGCUGUGUGCCCAUUAAGAGGAGGGGGUUUUGAAAGGACUCUAGGUUAAAGAAAUAGCCCUGUUUUCUCUUGGUGCAUUUUUUUCCUUCCAUGCUUUCUUGUUUCUCAAGCUUCGGAUAUUCUGUCUCUAGUUAUAUUUUCUGAGGGUGUAGACCUUACAACUCCUCAAUUAUCGUGAAUCUAAUGAAACCGUCUCCAUUUGCUAGUGUGGUGCUGAAAGAGGCAUCUUAGCGCAAGUCCUGCUCCUCUGCUCAGGGUGUUUGGAAUCUUGGGGAAUUGCCAAGACAAUUGUUUCCCUCCUUGUAAAAUGGGAAUGAUACAAUAGUUGUGCCUGCCCCUCUGAGUCUAGGGGAUCAAAAGCAGGACUGAGUGGCAGCUCUCUCACAAUUGGAGGAUGUGAGUGGGAAAGCAAUUUUUUCCUAAACUGAAAUUAGGAGUCAUGCUGCUGUCCCCAAGCAGUCUGGAAUCAUGGGAUUGUUGAAACCCUGGUAAGCCAAAAGUUGGUAUACUCCAUGCUUUGAAUAUGGAUUACAAAUUCAGGUUUAAUAAAUUCAGAUUCAACUAGAUGUUGGUCACCUCUAUGUGCCAAAAAUGGUACUAGGCAGUUUUACCCAUAAACACGUUCGGAGAUGAUUGUCAUUAUCCCUAAAUGUAUUUAAUCCUGUUUUUUUUAAGCACUCGCAGUCUUUGCACCUUGAAUGUAGGUUUAUGCCAUCUGGCUCGUCCAUGGAAUUGAAGUUUACUGGGUAAAAAUUGAAAUCCUAGUGAGAUUAGGUUUGGAAUGUCUUUUUGUAAAACUAGAUGUUUCUAGAACUCCUAAUAAGGACAAAAUAUUUCAUCAAUAUGAUAAUUAGCAUUUUUUUAAGGUUGUGCUAUUUGCCAGGUGAUAGGGAAGUGUUUGACAUAAAUUAUAAUCUUCACAACGGUUGAGAGAUGGGAUUUUUUGAUGGCCUAAUUUUUUUUUUUUUUUUAAAGAUUUCAUGACUGGUAAGUAGCUUCUGGCUUUAAAGCCAUUGAGCAUUCAUACGGAGAUUUUUUUUUAAAAUGGCACUUUUGCUGUUGGCACACAGAGGUUGUGACUUUCCCCAAUGAGUUUUCCAACAAAUCAGAGAGAGAUCAAAUUCUUAACUUCAGCAUGCUGUUUCAUGCCAUCAAGAGACUGACUGCUGCCUCUGUCAUCAGCUUGAAAUUGAGUGAUGACAUUUCAAACUCCAUUCUGCUGUAGAUCCAUGGAUUUUUUUCUUCUCGGACAGCUCUUCACUCCUCGCUCAGCAAUGAAAGCGUCAGAUCACCACAGUUUCGGGCUUCCCUGAGCAAACUGUAGCUUGGGUGAGGGUUAUUUUCUGCUCUGGGGAAUUUACUCAACAGAUACCCAAAGCUUUGGUUUCAUAUUUUGUCCUGGCACUUAAACAGUUAAAUGCUUGAGAGUUGGGUUCAUAUUUCUAGAAAAGUUGUUCUCAAACUUUAAUGGGCAUCAGAAUCACCAGUAGGAACAGAUUCAGAUUUUGGGGUCCCCAACUCUUGAGUUUUUGAGUCAGUAGAUUGGGUGGGACCUGAGAAUUUGUAACUGUCCACGUUUCUACUUGGUCUUGAGGCUUCUGGUCUGGAGACCACACUUUGAGAAUUGUUCAUCUAGAGCAAUAGUCUUUAUAAUGGAGCUAUCGGUGUUUUAAAAACCUUUUAGAGGGAUCCCUGGGUGGCGCAGUGGUUUAGUGCCUGCCUUUGGCCCAGGGCGCGAUCCUGGAGACCCGGGAUCGAAUCCCACAUCGGGCUCCCGGUGCAUGGAGCCUGCUUCUCCCUCUGCCUGUGUCUCUGCCUCUCUCUCUCUCUCUCUCUCUCUCUCUGUGUGUGUGUGUGUGUGUGUGUGUGUGUGUGUGUGUGACUAUCAUACAUAAAUUAAAAAAAAAAAUACCUUUUAGAGUGGAUUCGUAGUCUCUUGCCUGGAUCUCUCCCAUCUUUUAAUCUUCAGGGGUAAGGAGUAGAACUAAAAUGACAAUAAAACAUAAGACCUACUCUUUGGAGGUGGCUGUUGCUUUAGUUUUUGGUCCCCAAACUAACUUUUGAAGCUGAAUAUUAUAAUACAAAUGCAAAUUGAGUACUUUAAACAGUUGCAUUUGCCUUAAUCUUUUUUUUUUAAGAUUUUAUUUAUUCAUGAGAGACAGGCAGAGGGAGAAGCAGGCUCCCUGUGGGGAGCCCGAUGUGGGACUAGAUCCUAGGACUCCAGGAUCACGACCAGAACCAGAGGCAUCAGACGCUCAACCACUGAGCCAUCCAGGUGCCUCACUUAGUCCUAAUUUAAUCUGAGUUAUAUGAGACUUCUAUUAGGAUUAGAAAACCUACCACAAGGACCUAAAGUAGUGGAAGCCUUGUGAAUGCUUAAUUGGAGUGGUGAUGUAUAAUUAAAAGUUAGAACUUGUUCUUUGAAAAUUGGAAUACUUACGGGAUGCCUGGGUGGCUUAGUGGUUGAACAUCUGCCUUCAGCUCGGGGCAUGAUCCCGGUCCCGAGAUCGAGUCCCACAUUGGGCUCACUACAAGGAGCCUGCUUCUCCCUCUGCCUAUGUCUCUGCCUCUCUCUGUGUGUGUUUCAUGAAUAAGUA